GCGCGGGGUACCGGGGCAGGACCCGCCAUGUCCCCGGGGCUGCCCCGCCGCGGGGCCGGCUCUGCCCGGCAGGGGGCGCCGUGAGCCGGGCGGGCUGCCCGGGGCGUGGUCGGGGGCGUGGUCGGGGCGGGGCCGGAGGCGCCCAUGGCGGCGCCGCGCGCGGUGCUGCUGCUGAGCGGGAAGAGGAAAUCGGGGAAGGAUUUCGUGGCCGAGGAGCUGCGGAGCCGGCUGGGCCCCGAUGUCUGCACCGUUCUGCGCCUCUCCGGGCCCCUCAAGGAGCAGUACGCCAAGGAGCACGGGCUCGACUUUCAGCGCCUCCUGGACGCCAGCGCCUACAAGGAGAGGUUCCGCCAGGACAUGAUCCGCUGGGGCGAGGAGAAGCGCCGCGCCGACCCCGGCUUCUUCUGCCGGGCAGCAGUGCAGGGGGCGCUGCAGCCGGUGUGGGUGGUGAGUGACACACGGCGCCUCUCAGACGUGGAGUGGUUCCGGGCCGCCUACGGGGAUGUGGUGCAGACCGUGCGGGUGGUGGCUGCUGAGGAGACGAGGAAGAGGAGGAACUGGGUCUUUGUCACUGGGGUGGACGACGCUGAAUCUGAGUGCGGCCUGGACCAGGGAGUGGCCUUUGACUGGGUGAUCACCAACGACGGGGAUGAGGUGGCCCUGGGCGAGCAGCUGGAGGUGCUGGUGCAGUCUGUCCACAGGAGCCUAUAGCUCCAUGUCUCUCCACUGGGGCUGGGGGACUGCAUCAUCCCCCUUCCCCCCAGCCCCUCAGCAUCUCCACCUCCACCUCCUGCUGAUGCUUCCUCUUCUGGAAUAAAGCUCUGACACUGAGAA